UCCAGCUCUUGCCACACUUGGACAUCUGAGUCUCUCUCAGAGGUCUCAAAAUAUCCAGUGCACGUGCACACACACAUGUGUUGCAUCACACUUGCUGCAAAGUGUGUUUAUGGUAGUGUGCAUUGCGGGGGGUAACUCUAGAGAGGUCGAGGAGGGUUGAGAAGAAGAGUGAUCUUGUGGACAAGACAAGGGCUCCUGGUAUACAUCCCAGGAUGGAGUCCUCCCGGGAAGUUCUCAAGGCCACCCCUCUGAUUCUUCUCCUGCUCUCUCACUCAUUGGCCUCUGUACCCUAUGAGAACCAGCCUGGUGCCAGCUACUCCGAUAGUCACAGCUGUGUAGGGUGUGUGGUGGUGGUAUCUGUGAUUGAACAGCUGGCAGAAGUUCACAACUCUUCGGUCCAGGUGGCAAUGGAGAGACUGUGCAGUUACCUGCCUGAAAAACUCUUCUUGAAAACCACCUGCUAUUUAUUGGUUCAGAUGUUUGGACCAGACAUCAUCAAAUUACUCGGUGAAGCUAUGAAUGCUGAUGUGGUGUGCCAUGCUCUGGAAUUUUGCAAGCAGGACGCUGCCCAAUCACAGUGUCAUCUCUACCCCCUUCCCCAGGAGGCCUGGAAAUUUACGCUGGAGAAGGCGAGACACAUCCUCAAGAGGUCCUCAACCAUGAAAUAUCCUAGAAGUGGCUCCAAUAUUUGUUCACUACCAUUUUUGGCCAAGAUCUGCCAGAAAAUUGAAUUAUCUAUAAAGAAGGCUGUGCCAUUCAAAGACGGCGAUUCCGACAAAUACAGUGUUUCCCCAACAUUGCGGGGCUACCACUGGCGAGGGAGAGACUGCAAUGACCGCAACAAGACAGUGUACCCAGGCAGAAGGCCAGACGACUGGGAUGCCCAUCAGGACACCAACUGUAAUGGCAUUUGGGGUAUUGAUCCAAAAGAUGAAAUUCCAUAUGAGAAGAAAUUCUGUGAAGGUUCACAGCCCAGGGGAAUAAUUUUGCUGGGAGACUCAGCUGGGGCUCAUUUUCACAUCCCUUCUGAAUGGCUGACAGCUUCGCAGAUGUCUUCGAAAUCCUUCUUCAACUUGCCAGCAACUCUGACUGACGAGUUUGACUGGCCCCAACUCUCUGGUGUUACUGGAUUUCUGGACUCCACUAGCAGAAUUGAAGAAAAAUCCUUUUACCUUCGUUUGAGGAAAAGAAACCAUUGCAAUCACAGGGACUACCAGAGUAUCUCGAGAAAUGGUGCAUCUUCUAGAAAUCUGAAGAAUUUCAUAGAAAGCUUGUCUAGGAACCAGGCAUUGGACCAACCAGCCAUCGUAAUUUAUGCCAUGAUUGGAAACGAUGUCUGCAAUGGGAGAGCUGACCCAGUACCAGGAAUGACCACUCCUGAACAAAUGUACUCCAAUGUCAUGCAGACGCUGAAGCAUCUAGAUUCCCACUUGCCCAAUGGCAGCCACGUUAUUUUAUACGGUUUGCCAGAUGGAACUUUUCUCUGGGAUAGUUUGCACAACCGAUAUCACCCUCUAGGCCAGCUCAAUAGAGAUGUGACCUAUGCAGACUUCUUCUCCUUCCUGAGCUGCCUCCAGGUCAGCCCCUGCAGUGGAUGGAUGUCUUCCAACAAGACCCUCCGGACUCUCACUUCACAGAGAGCAGAACAACUCUCCAAUACACUGAAAAAAAUGGCAGCCACCGAGACAUUCACAAACUUCAAUCUUUUCUACACGGAUUUUGCCUUCCACGAAAUCAUAGAGGAGUGGCAGAAAAGAGGUGGCCAGCCGUGGCAGCUUAUUGAGCCCGUGGAUGGAUUCCACCCCAAUGAGGUGGCUUCACUGCUGCUGGCAGAUCAUGUCUGGAAGAAGAUACAGUCCCAGUGGCCUCAGGUCCUGGGAAAGGAAAAUCCAUUCAAUUCUCAGAUUGAAGAAGUGUUUGGAGACCAAGGAGGACACUGAGUGUCUCCAGACAGUACCUUUCUGUACAACAGAAAGGUGCAUAAUCCCUCUCACCCACUCUAGGGAUUGCUGUGCUGCAGGCCGAGAGGACCCUCUUUGGUAGUGUUUCUAGAGAUCACUUUCCCCCCAGUUGGAGACAGACCUGAAUGUGAUGCCAGUGCUCCCCACGUCAAGCUGCCUCUGCUCAACCCUGAGAUACCUUUUAAGAAAGUUCUUUGA